AUGAUACAGUAUAUUAAUAAUAUUGGGAAAUUAAAGCCGCAAGCAACGUCGAAUGGCCCUCGCCGCACCGGCGCACCACCCCGCACCAAGCUGCCCCGCAUCAAGCCGCUCCGCAUCAAGCCGCCCCGCAUUAAGCCGCCCCGCAUCAAGCGGCCCCGCACCAAGCGGCCCCGCACCAAGCCGCCAUGCAUCAAGCCGCCCCGCACCACGCCGCCCCGCACCAAGUGGAUCUGCACCACGCCGCCCCGCACCACGCCGCCCCGCACCACGCCGCCCCGCACCAAGUGGAUCUGCACCACGCCGCCCCGCACCACGCCGCCCCGCACCACGCCGCCCCGCACCACGCCGCCCCGCACCACGCCGCCCCGCACCACGCCCCCCCGCACCACGCCCCCCCGCACCAAGUGGAUCUGCACCACGCCGCCCCUCACCAAGCCGCAACGCGCCGCUCCACAACGCCCCGCACUACGCCGCACCACACCCCACGACUCCGUGAAGCUGAUCAAGUUCGCGGACGACACCACCCUCAUUGGACUCAUCUCCAACAACGAUGAGUCCGCCUACAGGAGGGAGGUGGACCGGCUGGUGUCCUGGUGCAGUGGUAACAACCUGGAGCUGAACGCCCAGAAGACAGUGGAGAUGAUUGUGGACUUCAGGAAGAGCACUGUCCCCCCGCCCCCACCCUCCGUGAUGGACUCCCCCAUCACCUCUGUGGAGUCCUUCCGUUUCCUGGGCACCACCAUCACCCAGGACCUCAAGUGGGAGCCGACCAUCAGCUCUCUCAUCAAGAAGGCCCAGCAGAGGAUGUACUUCCUGCGGCAGCUCAGGAAAGCCAAGCUGCCUGCACAGAUGUUGGUGCAGUUCUACACGGCCAUCAUCGAGUCCAUCCUCACCUCCUCCAUCACCGUGUGGUUCGCUGGAGCCACAGUCAGGGACAAACAGAGACUACAGCGCAUUGUGCGCUCUGCAGAGGAAGUGAUCGGCCGCAGCCUUCCAUCGCUGCAGGACCUCCGUUUGUUUCCUCUCCAUCAAAGCCAGCGCUGCUCCGCACAGGUCGACUCGCAUGGCUCUCUGAUAUCCCCCACGGCACCAACCAUCACCACCAAUUUGGCGCGGGACAAGUGUGAUGCCGGACAUGACGGCCCUCCUUAUCUGUGUGUUUGUGAUGCCUUUUUCAGCAGCCAUGAGGUGUUGUUGAGGUCUGUGGCCGAGAUGCCUUUACGCCAGUCUCCUCAUCUUGGUUUCAGAAUGUGUGUGACUUAUGGUUGUCUGAAGUAA